UCAGCUGGUCGGUGCUCGCCAAUAAAAAGGGACGCCUCGGGGAGCUUGACGACACUGCACACCACUCCCCACACCGAGCUGUCCCCAUUUCGCACUAGUAGCGCUCUCUCUUUCACACACACAGGGUCCAGAGAGCUCGAGCUCUUCCUGCCAUGGCGGUUCCACUGCUGCUUCUGCUCUUGCUGGCCAUGUUCACAGGCUCAGAGGGGGCGUUCUGCGUGUGCAAGCCGGGCGUGCCCGACGCGAUGAUGCAGAAGGCGAUCGACUACGCCUGCGCCAAAGGUGCCGACUGCACCCAGACGAUGCAGAACGGGCCGUGCUACAGCACCCAGAAGCAGGUGGUCUGCUCCUACAUCGUCAACAGCUACUUCCAGAAGAACGGCCCCGUAGGCGCCACCUGCGACUUCGGCAGCGUCGCCACCCUCACCACCAGCGACCCCAGCUCCGGCAACUGCAAGUUCGCCUCCGGCACGAGCGGCGUAGGCACCGGAACGGGCACAGGCACAGGCACAGGCGCCGGGACCGGUACCGGAGCAGGCACCGGCGCCGGUACAGGAACCAGCACCGGAGCAGGCACGGGCAUGGGCGCAGGGACCGGAACCAGCACAGGCACCGGUGCCGGCACGGGGAUCACAAACCCAGGAAGCACCUUGAGCCCACCGUUUGGCAGCGCCUACGGGCCAUCGGGCAGCAGCGCGGGCCCGGACUACAACGAGGCCGCCGCGCCGCUCUUCGCAGGGCGCCAAGUCCUUGCGGCGCUCCUGGCCACCGCCGCGCCUCUCCUUUUCCGCCUCGUCUAAUCGAAAGGUGAGAAGCCAGGCGCCGCAUGCUGUCCACGGUUGGCUGGCGGCGGCACAAAGGGCGCUCAGUGGAUUCCACGUCGAUCAGUGUAGUAGCAGUGGCCUCUGCUCCUGUAUUAUUAUGCAACUGACCUCUCCGUCCCUCGUCCUGGUGGCCGCCAUGUGGUAUUGUACUACGAGCAGUAGAGAUCUAGGGAUUCUUUUGUAGUUCGGGACAUACGUGUCGUCGUGUUUUCAGUCUUUUUUUUUUGUGUUGUCGCUAUGGACUGCUAUGCUGGUGUUGGUGGCUACUUUUCAUUCUGUUU